AUGAGAGAAUACUUAGAGAAUAUGUUGGACGAUCAUAUCGCUGGUAUAGCAAAUAUAUUUGCAACUAUAAGUGAUCCGAUCGAUUCUAAACAUUGGUUCAUGUCACCGGAAUAUCAUGCACUUGAAUUUAUAAUUGUAAACUCUCUAUACCUUUUACUUGUUUUCAUCGGAUAUAUAAUUGUUUUAAGAAAGAAUGUACCGGAACAACAGAAAGCUACUUGCGUUGGUUUUGAUUGUCAAUUUGAUACUGAAUGUCUACUACAAGCCAAACAAACCAUUUGGUUCGAGAAACUACUUCUUUAUGCUACAGCCAUGUCAUCUUGUAAGUGCUGUCUACGCCUAUUGUCUGCUGACCAACGACCUCAAGAAUGGAUCACGUGUAUUCAAUGUAUCUGUUUACUAUGUAUUUGUAACGUUUGUAUUUAA